AUGGAACACUCGACAGAGCGAAUCUAUCCACCCGUCGAUGGAUCCCUCUUCGUCCCCGACAUGUUGGAAUACAACGCGCGUCAUUGUCCAGACCACCCGUUCUUCGUCUAUCCUGACGAACAAAGUAACGAACUGCGCAGUAUUUCACAUCUCGAGUUCUACCGCGCAUCUCAACGGGUUGCCCAUGCUGUCCGCCCAGGUCGCCAGGGUCAGGACAGGGAGGUGGUCGGCAUCGUCGCAAAUGUCGAUACCAUUCUGUACCAGGCAUUGUUCAUGGGCGUCAUUUAUGCCGGUUUGAUCCCGCUACCGAUGUCACCCAGAAAUUCACCCGCGGCCAUCAUCAACUUGCUCAAGACAACCAAGUCUCGUCGUUUGAUAGCUACCCAAAGUUCGCUUGGGAGUCUCAUCGCAGAGGUCAAAAGGGAGUCGGCCUCACAGGGGGACCAAGCGUACGAUCUCCAGAUCGACGAACCUCCAACCUUGGCGACAGUGUAUCCAUAUAUGAGCGAAGAAACUAUCGACUCACCGUUCUCCCCUUACCCGAAGGGUGAAAUAAGCAAUGUCCAUGUUAUGUUUUAUCUUCACUCUUCUGGGAGCACUGGUUUCCCAAAGCCAAUCCCGAUAACCCACGUCACCGGGAAGCACUAUUGUAUCAUGCCCACAAUGAUAGAGCACCGAGCGCUAGGCUACGACGUCCGAGUAGCUGCAGGCCAUCUCCCCCCCUUUCACUUCAUGGGCGUAUUUAUGCAGAUAUUCGUCUCAAUCGCAUCUCUCCAAAGCAUGUCUGUGUACGCCCCGACCGCGUUUCACGACCACACUAAACCUCCCGUCGUCGCGAACACGCAGAACGCGCUUGAAAAUGCCAUAUUGACGAAGUCCGGAGCAUUGUUAGUUGUGCCAUCAUUUCUGGAAGAAUGGGCUUCAUCGCCAGAGUCCAUCAAGCAACUCACUAAAUUUGUAUAUGUCUCAUAUGGCGGAGGUCCUCUUGCCAAGAAGACAGGGGACGCACUCGUUAACGCCGGCGUGAAACUCGGAUCUGUCUAUGGCGCAACAGAAACCGCCGCAUUCACAACAUGCAUACGCACUCCAGAAGAUCAGAAAGAAUGGGAAUGGGUACGUCCAGGCCCAAACACACGCCUGCGGUGGGCACCAUUGGACGAUGGAGCGUUCGAGUGUCAGGUAUUGUCGUCCGAGACCCACCAAGUAUCUGUCGAAAACUUGCCUGAUGUGAAGGGCUAUGCAACCUCCGAUGUAUUCAUCAAACACCCCACUAUCGAAGGGCUUUAUAAAGUUGUCGGAAGACUAGAUGACGUCAUCAUGUUAUCGACCGGCGAGAAAACCGUGCCUGCGCCGAUGGAAAGCGUCAUAAGAACUAGUCGCUACGUGUCAGGCAUAUGUAUGUUUGGCCGUGGCCGCUCGCAAGCUGGCAUUCUCGUCGAGCCGAAACCAGAAUAUGCGAUCGAUGUGCAGGACGAGAAACAAGUGGCUGGAUUCAGAAACUUGAUAUGGCCCGUGGUUGAAGAAGCAAACAAGGAUGCACCUAGUUUCAGUAGAAUUUUCAAAGAAAUGAUAUUGGUCACGAGUAAGGACAAGCCUAUGCUUCGCGCGAGUAAGGGUACUGUGACCAAAAAGGCGACCUUGAGUUUGUACGAAUCAGAGAUUGAUGCACUGUACGAAUCUGUAGAGGCCAGCGCCACGGCUGGCAUCGAAGUUCCCUUGCCAUCGGAGUGGACAAUUCCAAAAGUCGAGGAUUGGUUAAUGGUACAUGUCACUGCAGUCAACUCGAACGAGCCUGCGAUCCCAGACGUGGAUUUGUUCGAGCAAGGUUUCGAUAGUUUGUCUGCAACGUUCCUCAGGAAUCGCAUCAAUGGCUCUCUCAAAGCGUCUUCAGACCAAAACAUCCGCGAGGCUGUGUCCCGUAUCAGCCAAAAUAUCGUCUUCGCAAACCCUACCCUCAGAGCACUUGCCGAACAACUUGUCAAUAUAAUCACUCACAAGCAAGGCACCGUCGAUCCCAAGGUAGAAAUCGAAAAUAUGAUAAAGAAGUAUUCGUCGGGAUUGCCAGGUAAACGUAUCGGUGGAGUUCCGACCAGAAGAGACGGAAAUGAACCACAUGUCGUCCUCGUGACUGGCUCGACCGGUGCACUGGGCUCCUACAUGAUCGCGUCCCUCCUGCAAAGGGAGGACGUCGCGCGGAUAUACACUCUGAACAGGCGAUCAAAGACGACGACUUCUCAAGAGAGACAGUUCUCCACGUUCCAGGACCGUGGGUUGGAUACGAGCCUUCUUGAGUCCCAGAAGCUCGUCUAUGUGGAGGGUGACACCUCGCGGGAGAACCUUGGGUUGGAAGACCAAACCUAUGCAGAGAUACGCGAUUCGGUUACUGUCAUAAUCCACAACGCUUGGCGGAUCGACUUCAAUCUAUCGUUGGCAACAUUGGAACCAAAUGUUCGGGGAACGCGGAAUCUGAUAGACCUCGCUCUAGCAUCGAAGAAGACGCCGAAACCGCGCUUUAUGUUUACGUCUUCGAUCACCUCUACUCAAAAUUGGGAUACGAAGAGAGGUCGAGUACCGGAAGAUGUGAUCGCUGAUGCCACCGUGGCAGUUGGCAACGGGUAUGGGGGUAGUAAAUAUGUUAGCGAAAGGAUCAUGGCAAUGAGUGGUUUACCUGCCACAUCAUUCCGCAUAGGUCAGAUUACCGGUGGCGCUCCUCGUGGUGCAUGGUCAGUCACAGAGUGGGUCCCCAUAACGGUCAAGUCCAGUGUGACACUCGGUGGGCUGCCGAACCUUGGCGGGAGUAUUGCCUGGCUGCCGAUGGAUGCCGUGUCGGGAGCCGUCCUCGAUGUUGCUUUGGGUGACGACGAGCCCCCGAUCGCGGUGAAUGUCGUACAUCCUCUCCCAGUAGAGUUUGAGGCUGUCAUGAAACCGAUCAGCGAUGCCCUAUUCGAGAAGAAGAUAACAAAAGAGCGACUUCCUCUUUUACAUUCGACUGAAUGGUUCCACAGGCUGGAGAAACAAGCAGUCAAUGCAAACGAGGAAAAGAUACGUCGAGUGCCUGCCAUCAAGCUGGUUGACUAUUUACGCACGUUCGAUCAGCAGUCUUCUGGCCAGGACACCAGCGUUCUGGCAGUAACCUUUGCCACCGACACAGCUGAGAGAGUCAGCAAGACUAUGGCAGCGUUACCGCCGCUUUCCAGGUCGGAUGCAAUUCGAUGGGUGGAUUACUGGGUAUCCGUAGGAUGGUUCCGGGACGUGGUCUGA